AUGUCAGGAUCAGCCCCAGAGGAGCCUCAGACCUCCAUUCCUCAAAGCACAGCUAGUGUUCCUGAUCCUGCUCCGGUUGCUGUCGGACCUGGAGGCUCAAGUGACAUUUCCUUUGGUGAGCAAAAUACUAGCUUCACCACCACAGACGUCAGCCUGGUGGAGAUGAUGGAAAUUGAGUAUACCCAGCUGCAGCACAUACUUUACUCACAUACGGAGGCACAAGGUAGUGAAGGUGAAGUGGAAGCUAGACUCAAUUCUUUCUCUUCGCCUGGUAAUUCUGCAGACCCGCCUCUGCACCAGACCUCACUGAACACCAGUCAGGAGGGGUGUUCAUCAAACAACUCUGGGAACCAGGCGGUUUACCCAGUUAUCUGUCAGUCAGGAUUACCUUCUGACAGCAAUUUGCUAAGUUCAAACCCACGUUUGGGCUAUGCUGACUUUCAGGAGCUCAGAAUGAUGUUACUUAGCGAGUCUAACCUCCCUUCGAACCAAACAGAUAAAACGCCUAGCAGUAGCUCUGUAGACGUCCCAGGACACAGUUUAGUAAAAGUUAAACAUGGUGAAAAUUUUGUUGGGGUGAAUAAAGAAAACAUACUUGUUGAAAAUUCGGCACUGGCACCAGAGCCUAGAUCUAAAUCUGCAGUCAGAGUUCGGUUGGAAGACAGAUUCAACAGCAUCCAGACAGAAAACCCCAGAUGUCAAGAACCCCAAGAAUCUGGAGUAACUCUUAACAAUUUAGUAACAUUGAUUCGACAGCCGUCAGAACUGAUAGGUGUUCCUCUUCAUCAGCAAGAAAACAAGUGUGCUGCAUUAGGGAAAAAUAAGACUGCACCUGCCACGCCGCCUUUACAGUUCACAUACCCUUUAUUUACUAUGAACGCAUGUUCUACUGCUGGAAGUGCUAAUCCUUCACAAGCACAGACCUCUGGAACGUCUUGCACUAUUUUGGAAGCUGCCAAACAUCAAGACCUUGGGAUACCCAAGACAUUCUCUUUCUGCUAUCAGGAAACUGAAUCCACAAAACAGAUAGUAGGCGCUAUGAACAAAGUGUUGCCUGAGGAAGUUUGGAUUAAAGUUGGAGAGACCUUAUGCAAGCAAGCGAUAAACAGAAGAAGCUGCAGCCGAAUAAGCCCAUCAGAUACAAACAUAGAUCGCAAACCUCUUAGUGAAAUUCAAAAUGUGCGUGAUGAUAGCCAGAGUACUGCGUCUGCCCAGGGUCCUUGGCAGUCAGCACAGUCAAAUUCAAGUAUGCAGGGGCAAAGUGGGACACAGGAUGGAAUCGCUCAGCGAAGAGAAAGACAUAACCGCAUGGAGAGAGACAGAAGGCGCAGAAUCCGGAUUUGUUGCGAUGAGCUGAAUCUUCUGGUCCCAUUCUGUACUGUUGAUACGGACAAGGCAACAACUUUACAAUGGACAACUGCGUUUCUGAAGUACAUUCAGGAAAGGCAUGGUGAUUCUCUGAAACAGGAAUUUGAGACUGUGUUCUGUGGUAAAACAGGCAGGAGACUAAAAAUAGCAAGAUCAGACUCAUUUGUAACGUGUCCAGUGCAGGAAAACCGCAUGGCUAUGGAGACCAAGUAG